UCAACAAUUUGCCCUUAAAGCUGCUGGCAGCCAACAUUCUUCAUAUUUCAUACAGACUUACAAGGGGAACCAAUUUGUGAUCUUAGUUAUAGGUUACAUUAUAUAUAUUUGACUGUUUUAUCAUCUAUAGCCUGUCACAGGUGCAUCCCAGAUUUGUCUCCCAGUAGGAUCAUUUAUUUCUUUGAAAGAAUUUUAGUCUGUACAGCAGGUUGGUCAAAAUGUCGGAUUCGGAGGACAUGACAGAGUUUGGAUGUAUUGUCGAACGAAUAACACAAGGAGAGGUACCAAUACAGAACAUUGAGCGGGAGCUCAUUUGCCCAAUCUGCAAAGAACUUUUUACACAUCCACUGAUUUUACCCUGCCAGCAUAGUGUAUGUCACAAGUGCGUCAAAGAAUUUUUACUCAACAAUGAAGACUCCUUCAGCACCGAUGGAGGGUCGGAAUGCUCCAACCCGGGGAGUCCUCGGUCCAGAGUGCCGUCUCCAAGCAUGGAGAGGCUUGAUCGGCUCGUACGAUCAGGGGGCAGGGAAAUUAGAAGAGCUGGGUCCAUCUCUUCACCCGGAUGGAGGCGGGCCUCCGUCACUCCCCGCAUCACCACUUUCCCGUGCCCGGGCUGCCAGCACGACAUCGACCUCGGCGAGCGGGGCAUUAGCAUGCUCUUCCGCAACUUCACUCUGGAGAGCAUCGUGGAGCGCUACAGGCAGGCGGCGCGCGCCGCCGUCGCCAUCAUGUGCAACGUCUGCAAGCCGCCGGCGUUGCAGGAGGCCACCAAGAGCUGCAUGGACUGCAAGGCCAGCUACUGCAACGAGUGCUUCAAGCUGCACCACCCCUGGGGCACCCCCAAGGCCCAGCACGAGUAUGUGGGGCCCACCACCAACUUCAGACCCAAGGUUCUGAUGUGCCCCGAACAUGAGAUGGAGAAAGUCAACAUGUACUGCGAGGUGUGCAGGCGUCCAGUGUGUCACCUCUGCAAACUGGGUGGCUCCCACGCCAACCAUAAAGUCACGUCCAUGAGCAGUGCCUACAAGAUCCUGAAGGAGAAGUUAUCGAAGAGUAUCCAUUACUUAAUCAGCAAAGAGGACCAAGUGCGGACUCAGAUUUCUGACCUGGAGGUGUUGAUUCAUCAAACGGAGGAAAACGGCCAACUCGCUGAAAGACGAGCCAAUGAGCACUUUGAGCGUCUCUUCGAGGCUCUCCAAGAGCGGAGGACCGAAAUGCUGCAGUCCAUCGAGCAGUCGAGGAACAGGCGUCUGGACAAGCUCCGUGGGCAGGUGGAGGAGUACCAGGGCAUGCUGGAGAACAGCGGCCUCGUGGGAUAUGCACAGGAGGUCCUCAAGGAGACUGACCAGUCCUGUUUUGUGCAGACGGCCAAACAGCUGCACUCGAGAAUACAGAAGGCCACUGAAUCCCUGAAGACGUUCCAGGCCUCAGCCCACCCUAGCUUUGAUGAGUUCCAGGUGGACACUUCCAAGGAGGAGGCCAUGCUGAAGGACCUAACAUUUGGUGGAGUUCCAGACCCCCCCAUGAUUGACCUGACUCGCAGCCGCGUGUACAACGAGGGCCAGAUCCACUGGCGCCUGUCCGAGGACAGCCUCCCCACCGACCACCACCUGCUGGAGUACCGUAAGGUGGACGGCGAGGAGGAGAGCUCCUGGCAGGCCUCCGACCACAUCUACGGCUCCAGCACCGUGGUCUGCAACUUGGACCGUGACAGCGUCUACUCCUUCCGGGUCAAGAGCUUCCGCAACACCCUUUGCAGUCCUUACAGUCCCGAAGUGACCUUCCACACACCUCCGGCUUCGGUCUUCAGCUUCUUGUUCAACGACAAGUGUGGCUUCAGCUCGGAGCGGCUGGUGCUGAGCAAGCGACGGGACUCAGUGGAGAGCGUGGCCGGCAUGGCCUUCCUGCUGUCCGCCGAGCGCGUGCAGACGGGCAGCUACAUCUGCCUGGACUACAUCAUCGGCGACACGGGCAUCACGCAGGGCCGCCACUUUUGGGCCUUCCGCGUGGAGCCACACUCCUACAUGGUGAAGGUGGGCGUGGCGUCCGACUCCAAGCUGCUGGAGUGGUUCCAUAACCCCCGUGACACCAGCAGUCCCAGGUACGAUCAUGACAGCGGGCACGACAGCGGCAGCGAGGACACCUGCUAUGACCUCUCGCAGCCCUUCACACUCAUCACUGUGGGCAUGGGCAAGGUCUUCAUCCCCAAGGCCUCGCUGUCCGCCACGGCCAUGUCCGGCGGUGGCGCCGGCGGAGGGAGUGGCGAGCACCAGACCAGCCGCGUGCUGGCCAUGCCGGCUCGCAUCGGCGUGUGCCUUGACUACGACGCCGGGCGCGUCUCCUUCUACGACGCCGACAGCAUGCGGCUUCUGUACGAGCGGCAGGUGGACUGUUCCGGAACCAUGUACCCGGCGUUCGGCCUGAUGGGAAGCGGCGGCGUCCACCUGGAGGACUUCAUCGCUGCUAAGCGCCUUACCUACAUGUGAGGGAGCAGGACAAGUGGAGGGGGUCAGUCCAAACCGCUUGCCUCUGAUAUCUGAGCUCUCCUGACGCCCAUGACCUCUCUUGCUCUAAUCAUUCUGAGAUGAUUUUAUUUUUGGUGGCAUGUUUAUUUUUUUCCCAUUCAGGUAAUUUCUGAGGUUAAUUGAAUAUUUCUUUCUUUAUACAAAAUCACUUCCGUCACACAACGACAACAGUCAAGUUGAACCUGGCAAACCUUGCUUCUUAUGCCUAUGUGCCUUUUCUUUCGGGGGAUAUGGGAUAUGUAGAAGGUGCUCUCUAAUUCUCUUCACCUUAGCAUCAUUGCACAGUACUUCCACAUAGGGAAUUUCACCGCAGAAGCAGCACAGAUGCACGUCUUUUAAGUAAUACGAAUGUCACAGCUUUUAUUUUCAGUUUGCUUCAGAACUCACCUGUUAUGUACAGUAAAUGAAGCUUUUCAGGUAAACUUGAAUUCAGUAACAGCGUCCCAUCAUGCACUAAGGACACUUAUCUAGCACUACCUACUGUAAGUAGAACAUACACUGCGUUGUUACUUCUGCACCCCCACCCCACAUGCACCUCGUUUUGUUUAAGUAUGAACACAAUAUGCAUGGAAAAAAAUCACUCAUAUCACUCAUUUGAAAACACAUUUUCCUGCAUGCAUUAAUUUUGUUUGUUAUUCAUUUCUCAUAGUAUUAAGCACAGCCACACAUUUCAACACAUCAGGCAUGAUUAUGUAUGCAUUGCAUCUAGAGCAUCAACAUGUUUUUAUUCUGAAUGUAUAACUUGAGGACGGAUGGCUUUAACAUCACUGCUAUGUCUUAACUGAGCAAAAACAACAGCGACAAAAACAAAAAAAAACACAAAUAAACAUCUGUGAACCACGUAUAGAAAACAAAAUGCUGGAAACAUCAUGCAGCAUCAUGGUCCGUAUCGCCCUGGAGACUCUGAUCAUGAAUAUGGCCUUCUGUGAUCUAAUCACACACUUGUGGAUACUGUAGCUGGGUGAACCAGGUCACUGGCUGAAAGGGUAGUUUUCUUUCUUUUUUCCGUUCUUUUGUUCUUCAGUGAUAGAAUAUAGGAUAUUCAUUUCAGUGUGUUCUCAGGUUUUGGCCUAAAUGGCCUUGUGCUACCUACCUCCUGCGAGCACUGGAAAAUGUUUUAACAUCCCUAUUUGUUGGUUAUCACUCUAAAGAAAUGUAACAUUUUUUUUAGCCAUUGAUCUUACUAAGUCUGUUAGUGUAUAUUUUGUCAAUGUUCUCACAUACUCAAGCUUGUUUGGUGAGUGGACAGUUAACAUGCUCUUAAAGCAUCACGGUCACUAGUUGACUUUUGCAGUAAAUAUUGAUAGUCAUUUUGUUUUUCAGAAUGUGUUAUAUUGACUGAUACAGAUAAUUGAUAAAUCUAGCAAGAGGAAUUUUAUUUCAGUUAAUGUGACAAGAAAAACAAUCAUGUAAUCCUAUAAAACCUUUCAGAAUCUCUUCAUUUUUUCCUUUCUUUUUUGUCUGGUGAACAUUUUAGUGUUGUAUCAAAUAAUUUAUGAAUACUUUUUGUUUUUAGUAGAUGAAGAUUUGACAAACUAUGUACUCAAUAUUCAAUGUAUCUAGUCUUUUUAAUUUAUUUGGGUGUUGGUGUACAUGGCAGUGCGAACCUUAACGGUCUGUUCAGUCAUUCCAGUCAAGUCAUUUUGUACACACUAAACUUCUGCUUAUCAUGUAUGGGAUGAAAAAGACUAUGCACACAGUUUGUGCAUAUGUGUUACUUUAGUCAUUCUUAUUUUCUGUAUUACUCUGUAAUUGAAUGUAUGAUCGUUUGGGGAUCGAGGUUAAAAGUUACCAAAUGUUUUAAUGAGUUUAGAUGUGUGUUUAUGUGUUCAAUGGAUCAUGUUCUUGAAAACACUUGUAGCAGCAGUAGUUGGGUGGUAGUGAGUCAUGAGAUGUUGGAGGAGUUGGAGUCGCUAAUACAAGAGGGUAUGUUUUCCUUUUCAGUAAACAUUUUAAAAACUUCAUAUACUGAGGGUGCCCUAUCUACAAUUAAUCAAGCUAGCACUUUAUAGCAUGUUUGCCACUUGGCUUGGUACAGGUUUGUGUGGAUUUUGGUGUGUGCAAUAUUAGAGCGUAGGAGAUGAUAUUGCUCUCUGUGAGUGUAAUGCUUUAAUGGAAACGAGAAGCUGUCCUUCACUUGUGUCAACCUACUGUAUGGAUUUUAAAUUGUGCUGUUUGGGGUUUUGUAUGAAAAUAAAUUAGUGUGUUUCUAAUUUUCAA